CUACUCACUCGUAGUAAAGCACAUGGGCUCUUUUAUUCUCUCGUGGUAAUCGUACAGUCCUAAAGAUUGGGCAUCGACCGGCUCUAGAAAGGGCCAAGUGAUAUUCCGAUACGAGUCAGAUAGCAACUCCACGUAGACACGUUUUCCCCGGUGGCGGCCACAUGACAAACGGAGACCUGAAUCCAGCGCAUUCUGUUGAUGCCAUGCACAGGCGCAGUUUAGGUCUGCGGUCUCCCACAGGAGAAGUGAUUCCCGCCAUUUUCAAAAUGUUUCCCGCGUCCUGAAUCGAACAAGAGAGGCUCGGAGAACGCUCGAUCAAUAUGCCGGUUCUUGGCAAGAAAUUCUAUGUUCCUGCCAAAGCUCCGGCUGAUCUGAAACAUAGCGAAGAAGUAUUUGUUAUCAAGGAGACAAAUGAAGUGUUCAGAAGUUAUGAAGAGUAUGUGGACAAAGUGCUACUCUAUGGGUCCCAAGUUUGGGUCUGCAGUUUCACUGGUAGUUCGAGUCUCAGCUACGAACAGGCACUGGAGUCAGAGAAACAGUGUUUACAACUCUUGAAGAAUUUCCCCAAAUGCUUUGAGAAAUGUGUGCUUGAAAAUGCUCAUUGCUGGACUGGAAGCUUCGGCAGUCUAGUUGACAAAUGCUACACAGAAUUGCAUCACUGUUUUGAAGAAGGUGAUUCUGUUAUUGUGACUGUAGGGAACAAAAGAGUUGAUGGUAAAGUGACCAGAAUUCACCAUGAAAAAGACAAUGCAAGCCCCCCUCCAUCUCCAGGGAGUGAGAAAGAAAAUGGAACAACUCUGCAGAAGAAAUACUAUGAUGUUGAAUGCAGUGAAACUGGGGAACGGUUAGAAGAUCUCAGUUCUGAAUCCAUGAGCCAUGCAAGUAAACGCCCAGGAAGAAAGCUAAUUGGUAUAUUUCUUCGUGCAAGUCUGGCUCAUCCUUUCAAUGGUCAAACCCCAUUAGAGAUUAAGGAGGAACUUGUUAGCAAGUAUAACAUUCCAGAGAAAGUUAGCAAAAUCAAAUCAAAGAAACUUGAUGGUAAAGCUAAACCACUUGUUACAAUCCAGCAUGAAAACAAAAGCACACCAAGAUUGGAAGCGAAUAAGAGCACCAAGAAAACCUGCAAGGGAGGCAGCCCUGAGAUGAAAUCCAAACAAAAGAAGUCUGACCCCUUGCAACGCAGUCUGGACUGCUUCAAAGUGAAUAGACAGUCAACAUUGGAUGCCUUCACUGCCAGAUCCCCUUCGACUAGCGCCACUGUUUCAACUCAAUCUAAGGAAAAGGAAACACUUCAAAAAAAGCAAAGCAAAGGAAAGUCCAACAAACAAGACAAAAACAAAAAGAACACUGAGGAUCUUCCAUCAGAGACAGCACCUAUUGUAGCUCUAGACAAUUGUCCUAUUUCUCUUAAAGAAUCCCCAGUGAAAGUUACUAAGACAAGUGGGGGUGUGUUCAUUGAGUGUUCAGAGAGUUUGGGUUCAGAGAGUUUGGCAGAGAAGAAAUGUGCCAGAAAAAUCAACAUCACUCCAACAUGUUUGAAAUUUUCCAGUCAAUCAACUAACACCUCAGGAAACAAACAACGCAAAAAGAAGAAAGACAAAGGGAAAGAUGAAAGUUCCAAGCCUGUAAAGGAAAGUAAAAAGGAGAAAAAGAAAUCAGAAUCCACAAAGGGGUCAUCUGACAACUCCACUUGCCCUGGAGACUUGAAAAAUUCAACUGGGCAUUCAAACAAUGUGUGUGAGGGUGAUGUUAUAAGCUGUUCUCCUGGAAGGGUGAAAUCCUCAAAACAUCUGAACAAGCCACCCAGCAUUGAUACAAAACACAGCAAUAUAGAGACUGAUGGAGGGAAGAAACGUCAGAAAACUCUGUCUGAAAUGUUCAAGCAAGCAGUAACAGAAGACCGACCUAAAAUGUUAGCAAGCGCAAUCACCAAAGCUUUAAAUCAAGAUAUCCAUUCGCCAAGUGCUCUUAACCUCCCUCUCUCAACUCCUGCUAAACAAGUAGUGAAGACCAAGUGGGACAGGAUCCGUGAAAAACAUCAGUGGAAUUUACUGAGUGAAGACGAGAAGAACAAGAUCAAGGCCGAAAGAAGGAAGCAGAAGCGACUGGAGCUGAAAGUAAAAAGAGAAGAGAAAGAAAGAAAACGGCUUGAAGAACUUAAGCGUUUUGAAGACACAGAACUUGAGCUGACUCCUCUACCAGAAGCAAAGACUGUAGUCAUCCCUGAUAAACUCACUCCAGAGAACUUUGCAGAUGUAGUCAUGGUUAUGGAGUUUGUAACAGCCUUUAAGGAAUUGUUUGUCUUGGAGGAGAAGUUUGCUGUCACGGCAGAUUCCAUCAUGAAAGCAUUGGUAUCAGGCGACGAAGGAUUCCCUGUCCUCUCCAAAAUCCUUGUUGUUUUGUUACAAAUUCUUCUUCAGGAUCUCCAAGGAUUAAAUAGAGUAUCCUUCGCUCAUUUAGGAAUGAAGCUUUCCAACAUGCCUCUGACAAACCAUUCUGCGUCUGAGCUGGCGAGGUUAUACCUACAAGCCAAAGCAAUGGAUGCAACCAAAAUGAAGGAUGGAAGGAGGGGUUUUGAUCUUGAUGAGCAGGUCCUGGAUGUAGUAAAGACCACUGAGAAAAGGGAAUUUUUUACUCUUGAUCCCCAAGAAAAACUUAAGGUGAUUGUUGCUCUUUGUCAUGAUGUCUUGUCCACUGAUGCCCUCGAUAACUACCUGGAGGAUAGCAUGGACCAAGUUGAUGACAUCAGGAAAGAGAGAAAGCUUGAGCAGAAAAACUCAAAAAAGGCACAAAGCCUUGAAAAGCAAAAGGAAAAGGAGAAGAAAAUAGCUAUGGCAAUGGCAUCUGAAACAACAAGUAAAGACAGUGGGGCCAAGGAUGAACACCAAAACAAGCAGCCAUCGAUCGUAUCAGCACUUAGUUCUGAGAAUAAAGGGAGGAAGGAUCAAGAAAAUAAAAAUGAUCCAAAUGACAAGGAAGAAGCUAAUGCCCUUGUUCAGACCAUAAAGAGCCGACGACAAAUGAUUGAAUUAAACCAACAUGAGCGUGAAAAGAGAGAAAAAGAGGAACGAGAAAGGAGAAUGCGUGAUGAAGAGAAGCGAAAGAAGGAACUUCUUGAAGAAAGACGGCAGGGAAUAAUUGAGAAACUGGAGUGCUGCAUGAGGAAGCAACCUCUGGGUUUUGAUCGCUACCACAGGCGGUACUGGCUCUUUGAUGGACCAGUCAGCGGCCUGUUUGUUGAAGAUGGCUGGAUGUCAAAGGAAGAGCUUGACUACAUGGUGGAAGCUCCUGAGAUAGCUGAAAUGGAGAGUAGGGUGGCUUCUUCUGUGAAGGACGCAGAUACUGAGGAGCAUCAGAGCCCAAUGGAGCUGAGUGGCGUUGAUACCAAUGCGAGUGAGGAGAACCCUCAGAGUGCAGAGGUGAUUGAAAUACAACCUGAUCAAGUCCAAGAAAAACCCAAAGGACUGAAGUUCAGGGAUGUCCCAUACAGCUGGUCAUACUAUGACGAUGUAGCGGAUAUCGAUGCCUUCAAAGCUGCUCUAUCUCCUCGUGGGGAGCGGGAGAGUAAGUUACGUGAGCAACUCGAGGCAGCUGAGAUCAGCAUUCAAAAAGUGAUGAAGAAAAGGUUAUCCAUUGCCCCUACUGAGACAUCAGAGGGAAACGAACUGCUCUCCUAUUUAAAGGAGGAUCUCCUUGACGUCGUGGACCGGAUGGUCAGAGGCAACCUUGGUGACCUACCCAACAUGGACAAGUUCCACAAGCAAGUCGAGAAGGGGAAUAAAAUGGGACAACUGCUGGUUCGUCUUCAAGAAGCAGUCUUUCCUCGAUUCCUGAAAGGCAUCUUCGACCAGGAGAAGGAGGAGGGAGGGAAGGAGGCAGUGAUCUGUUGGAAGGAGGCAGCCUUGAGUGCAUCUACCCUCUCCCGCCUUCAUCUUCUUCUAGGCAUUCUCGACUCCGCGAUUGUGUGGGAUCUCUCCGCGGAAAAUGUGAAAUGCAAAGUAUGCCGCCGUAAGAGUCGCAGUGAUGAGACGCUCCUCCUGUGUGAUGAGUGUAACAUGGGUUACCAUCUGUUCUGUCUUCGGCCCUCUCUGGAUAGAAUACCCCUAGGCGAGUGGAAGUGUCCUGCUUGUAAGCCUGUAACCCGAAGAGAGCGCACCAACCGUAGUUACAAUGCGGAGGAACAGGACGAUGAAGACGAGAGUUCUGACGAUGACUCGGAUGACUCCAGUGACGAAUCGGAAGAAGACGGCCAUGAGGAUUAUUGCCACGAAUGUGAACAGGGGGGCGACGAGUUGAUCUGCUGUGACGGAUGCCCCCGUGUGUACCACCGAGAGUGCCAUCAUCCCCCGCUACGCUACGUGCCCAGAGGCUCUUGGGUAUGCUCGGGAUGCAAGAACCCUAAGAAGAAAAACACCUCCAAACAAAGCACCAAACCUGAAGCCAAGAAGCAUAAGCGGCGCAGCUCAACCCCGGAAAGAUCGGAUAGCGACAGCUCUGUUUCGUCUGGGCCGAGCAAGAAGCAACGUCGUGGAAGAGAAAGCCCCACGGAAGAGCCACCUUCCUCCCGCAACACCACGCGAAACAAGAAAGAUGCAGGGGGCUCACCUAGCGAGCAAGCGACUAAUAGUCGCGGGAAUUCGCGAAAACGCCGCGCUAUUGAGAGCGAUUCAGAAGAGUCGGAGGAUGAACAGCCAAAGACUCCCAAACCUAGAAGAUCUGAACCUACCAAGCAGAAAGCAACCCCAGAAAAUCCGUCAACAAAGCGGCGAAGAAUAAACCCCGAGCUUGAUGCGUGUGAGUUAAUCCUGACUGAGCUCGUGCGGAAUGAGGACAGCUGGCCGUUCCUACAACCCGUCAACACGAAGGAGGUGACGGACUACCUCGAACUCGUAUCAGAACCGAUGGAUCUCGGCACUAUUAAAGAUAACCUGACGUUGAUGCGAUACGAGGAGGCGGAGGCCUUUGUGCAACACGUGAGACUCGUAUUCAUCAACUGUGACAAGUACAACCACAUCACUACGGAGGUAGGCCAGACCGGGGAAAGACUGAGUAAGGUGUUCGAUCAGCUACUGAAGGAACAUUUACCCAGACUUGUCACGCCAGCAGCGAAACCCGCUUGUAGACCGUCACGAAGGUCACGAAAAUGACCACAUCCGUCACACCAAGACCGUCAUGAAUGUCACGAAAAUGACAACAUCCGUCACACCAAGACCGUCACGAAGGUCAUGACAAUGACCACAUCCGUUACACCAAGUGACUGUUACAAAGGUCUGGCAAAUGACCACAUCCGUCACACCAAGACCGUCAUGAAUGUCACGCAAAUGACCACAUCCGUUACACCAAGACCGUCACGAAGGUCACGCAAAUGACCACACCAAGACCGUCAUGAAUGUCACGCUAAUGCCCAAAUUAUACAAGCCAAGAGCAUCACGAAGGUUACGCAACUGACCACAAAUCAAGGAUUAAGAUUUUGCACUAUUUGCCGCAUCUCUUUGUAGAUCUUUGGCGUAUGCCUUACAAAAGUAGCCGUGCAGUCUUGUACAAUACGUAACCGUUUGAUUUUUGUUUAAGAUGAUACCACUUCCAUAACUUAUCAUAAAAGUCAUGAAUUCAAAAAACAAAUACAUACGAUAAAAUCUAAAUUCGCCGCUACACUAGUAGUUAUUAAAGUAUUGUUAUCAUUGUUGGAUCAUAGUCUUGAUUUUCUCGUGGCCCGUGAAAUUAAGACAUCUCGCCCAGGAAUCUUCUCGUUCGGUUAAACGCAAUUGCAAUUAUUGAGUGUAUUUUAUUUUUUAUCUGGAUUUGUAAAGUAAUAAAACAGUUCUAUUACUA